AUGUCUCGGAAAGCGUUACGGGAUAUCAGCGAUCGUGAAGAACAUGAGCCGGUCGACGAUCACGCUAUGUCUUCUCCCAGUUCUGAGGAGCGCGUUGUUGUCCGUCAUAUGCCUCGGAUGCCGAUAGCCGGUACUAAACGUCGAGAAGAGGAUGAACUUGACAGACUGUCACGACUGGAUGGCAACGAACUAGCCGAACGAAGGAUGCGUGAGGAGCGCGAGCGCAUUCUGGCUAGCGACGAGAUGCACGAAAUGAUUGAAAAGCUGAAAUCUGAGCUUGGCAGUGACAAAGAAAUGUCCUCUUGCAUUUUAGGCUGUCUGGAACGGCAACCCGAGGAAUUGUCCAGGCUGGACUUGGUAGUUGACGGUCGAGAUCGCCGCAUUGGCUUGCUGAACGCUAUCCAGUCGCCCAGCUGGCUCUUCAAAUACUUAAUCGGUCAUUGUGACUCUAAGACCGAGUUGGUCGAAGAACUGUACGCCUUGGCUGAGGGUCGUGGAAGUGAGCGUAUUCGCCGUCGUUUUCAAUCCGUCCUGCCCAACUCAGGCCAGACAAGAUUUCGAGAAUUUGCUUCGCUUUUUUCUAGUUGCCGCCGCCAAGUUGAGGCCUUUCUAGCAGCCAAAGAGAUACCAUUACAGGACAUUCAAGAGGUGGUGACGGAUGCACUUUCAGACAAACCCGAAGCAGUACAAGCGUUUGCUCUGUGCUGUGGUAUCUCAGAGCCAAAUGCUCGCCUAGCCUUUGAUAUGGUACGUCAGUGUGAGCAGAAUCAACUGACGGCACUACUUGGAGCCUUGCCGACUGGUAAGGCAAAGGCUGGACGUCUGGCACCAAGUACAGCCGCAAAGAGCACAGAGCAGGAUGCUAGCACGAAUCUGGGCAUAGAAACUCUGGACACUAUGGACCCUGAUGCCAGUAAGACGACCGGAUUCACUGGCAUCGACAAGGGGCCAGACUCGCAGGAGUUAGUGGUCAAAGUUAAGAAAGCGAAGCUGCCAAAGGCAAGUUAUGUUAUGAGAAGAUUAUUUAGGCACAGUUGUUGA